CACCUCUCUACUUCUUUGUUUCACAUCUCACAAAUAACCUCUUUGAUUUCUUCUAUAUAUCCUCUUCAAGAAAAUGGGAACUGUUGUGUAUCAACAAGGAUUUCAGUCAUCUCAGUUUGAUGAGCCUAGGGCUUUAAGGCUUAGGCUAUCUUCACCAAACCCUCACUUCUCUCAACCCUUUGGUUUAGCUCUCAAGUCUCAUUUACAUGACUCCUUUAAUGCAGAGGACACUCGAAACUUUAAAGAUGACAAACCAGCUGCUUCCUCGGUUCCUGAAUCGAGUGGCUGGAGCUUUCUCCAGUCUCUAUCCUCAGGCUCCUCGAGGAACACUGAGAAAGAGAAGACUUAUGUUCAACGUCCAUCUUCUUGUAGAACUCUAAGCGACGAGAGCUUAGCAUUGUGCACUGAAAAUCUCGGAAGCGAAACAGGCUCUGAUGUUACUGACGUCGAAGAUCUGUUCUUGCUUUCAUUAGCUGACGUGAAGACCAAGAAACUCGAGGAAACAACAACUGAGACAAGAACGUUGAAGAGUAGGAAAGAGAAUGUGAGACCUAGUGAUCUCCCACCUCCAUUGACAAGUAUGAGAGGUUCUCAAUGCAUUCAAAUGAGACCACGCCGUGAAGAUGGAAGAUUGGUGAUGACUGCCACAAAGGAACCACCUCGUAACAUGUGCUUUCAAGCUGACCGAAGCAACGGUCGUCUCCGACUUUCUAUUUUGAAAGACUCAGAUGAAAGUGUGAAGGACGAAGAAGAGAUGCUUGAGCCUGAAGAAACCGAGGAGGAGGAAGAAGAAAAAGACUUAUUAGAUAAUGAUGAAGUGAUGGAGACUGUUGAAAGAUCAAGAAGAUGUGUUGAAGGCGAUCGGGAAAACAGGGGAUUGCUAAAUUGGGAAUCUUUCUACGUUGCUACUUCCUAAAAUAAGAAACUUCUAAUUUGCUCUGUAUUUACAGUUCACAAUUAUUGUUUUUUAUGUGUUUUGUUUUAUUUUUUAAUAGAAACAUCGUCGUUUCAUCACUCGGGAAAGUAGAUUAAACUUCAAUUUGAA